UCCACUAAAUGGUCACACUAAACAGUGCUAAAAUUUGUUUUCAUAGCUAAUUUUGUUUUUUGCAAUUACCUGGGUUAAAAUGCUCACUGACCGAGUGCUUGCCACCAAGGAGGCGCUGGUGGUGGCCCUGGGCGACAACUGGGAGCGCUACCGGGCCAACAUGAAGAACUGGUUCCGCAGCCGUUGGUCCAAGGAGGAAUUCGAUGCGGAGUCGCGGAAAAUCCUUUCGCCUGACAAACUGCACCUACACAACCAGUUCCUGCUGGCGCUGCUCAACAAGAUAGAUGCCUUCUCUCCCAUGGAGAAUCCACCGUCCGUCCAAACCAGCAGCAGUGGAAACCGCAGCAAGCGGCGCAAGAGAAGCUCUCGGACCUUCGCUGAGCGUCUGAAUUUUGAACUCUGCGAGGUGCUAGACUUUAUGAGUGAGGACAACAUGCAGGUUAUCCGACCACCUCCUGCGAUCGGCGGAUCCUCGGAGCAGCAGCCCAUGCAACAGCAGCUCCAGUCACAGCGCUACUGCGCCCAGGAGCUCUUCCUGCCCGAUGCGGGCUUUAUAAUGGGACGUUUUUUGAUCGGUGCCUGGGAAAUCGGGCUCAUCUCCGUGGACGACAACGUAGCUGAGUACGUGGCCAUGGCAGUGCAGGUCCUACUAAAGGAUCUGCUGUCGGCCAUUAUCAAGAAGCGAAAGCACUACAAGACCAGCGGCGAAGGAAACUUCUACUACGAUGUGGGUGCUCCGCUGCGAGACCCUUCGCUGCGCAACACAGUCACCCGCCAGAAGGUGGACGACACGCCACUGGAGCUGGACAAGGAGCUGAAUACGGCCAACUUCAUGAGGCGGCAGAACGACGAUGUGACCUUCCUCUCCGCCUGUGAAGAAGUGUAAGGAAUGCUAACUUAAUCCCAACAUUAGUGAGCCCAGCGAACCCAUCGUGAUAACGCUCAAGGACUGCCAGCUGGCCUUUCGGGAUCGCAAUCUGAUCGGCUCCCAUGCAGUCUACGCUAUUAACAUGGAACGACUCAACAUGAUGAUGCAUUAGUUUAUUAGAUGCACUUAAGUUAUAUCGACUCUAAGUAGGCUUAUAUACAAUAUACUCUAGUUUUGGCUCAGCAAA